CGCCCGCCUCCCUCCCUCCCCCCCUGCAUAAAACGGCAGCCCUGGCGCCGCGGCCGAUCUCUCAAGCCGGUGCCUCUCGGGUGAUGGCAGCGCUGGGAGCCCUGGUGAAGAAAGUGUGGAGUAUCCGCCGCUUCCUGGUGCUGCUCUGUAGCCCGCUGGUGCUGCUGCCCGUCCUCUUCAGCCUGCCCCCCAAGGAAGGAAAAUGUCUCUACGUAAUUCUACUCAUGGCCUUCUACUGGUGCACCGAAGCAUUGCCGUUGUCUGUGACGGCCCUUCUUCCCAUAAUUCUCUUUCCCUUCCUGGGGGUCCUCCCUGCCAGCAAAGUUUGCCCGCAGUAUUUUUUAGACACCAAUUUCCUCUUCCUGAGUGGCUUAAUCAUGGCAGCAGCCAUUGAAGAGUGGAAUCUGCAUCGCAGGAUCGCUCUGAGAAUCCUCAUGUUCGUGGGAGUCCAGCCAGCCAGGCUCAUUUUAGGAAUGAUGUUGACAACUUCCUUCCUGUCUAUGUGGCUGAGUAACACAGCCUCAACUGCUAUGAUGCUACCCAUCGCGACAGCAAUUCUGAAGAGUCUCUUUGGAGAGAGAGAAAUAUCUAGCAGGGAGAAGGAGGAAAAUCAAGCUUCCAUGGAACAUAAUAACCUUCACACGGUGUCAACUGAGAUGCAGCUGCUCGCCACUGUUGAUGAAAAUGAUUUGACAGAGAAGAAGGAUGUGACCGUUGAAGCGUCCUCAGAUUUAAGGAAGGAACAAGAAUACCAGACUAACAUUUGGAAAGGUUUCCUCAUUUCCAUCCCUUACUCUGCGAGUAUUGGUGGGACAGCAACACUUACUGGAACGGCACCAAACCUCCUCCUUUUGGGACAGCUAAAGAGCUUUUUUCCAGAAUGCGAUGUUGUGAACUUUGGCUCUUGGUUUUUGUUUGCAUUUCCCUUGAUGGUGCUUUUUCUGUUUGUUGGAUGGCUUUGGAUCUCCUUUCUCUAUGGAUGCAUCACCUUAAGGAGAACGAAGAAAUCAGAAAUCAGAGCAGAUGCAGAAGCCAAAGCCAAAUCGGUUAUAAAAGAUGAAUAUCAAAAAUUGGGACCAAUAAAGUUUGCUGAACAAGCAGUUUUUGUUCUCUUCUGCUUAUUUGCCAUCCUGCUAUUCUCCAGAGACCCAAAAUUCAUCACUGGUUGGGCAAGCUUUUUCAACCCAGGUUUUGUCACAGAUGCUGUUACUGGAGUCACAAUAGUGACAAUAUUGUUCUUCUUCCCUUCAAAAAGGCCAUCCCUUAAAUGGUGGUUUGACUUGAAAGCACCAAACACGGAAAACCAACCCUUGCUAUCAUGGAGAAAAGCUGAAGAGAGCGUACCUUGGAACAUAAUUUUGCUGCUUGGAGGAGGUUUUGCUAUGGCAAAAGGAUGUGAGGAGUCAGGCUUGUCCAUCUGGAUUGGAGGCCGCCUCGACCCUCUGGAGAAUCUCCCUCCUCCUGUGGCUGUUAUUCUUAUCACAGUAGUGAUUGCCUUAUUCACAGAAUUUGCUAGCAACACAGCCACAAUCAUAAUCUUCCUUCCUGUCUUGGCAGAAUUGGCUAUUCAUCUGAAAGUGAAUCCCCUCUACUUAAUGAUUCCAGGAACAAUAGGAUGCUCAUUCGCUUUCAUGCUUCCCGUCUCCACACCCCCAAAUUCUAUUGCCUUUGCUUCUGGGCACUUAAUGGUCAAAGAUAUGGCAAAGACUGGUCUGCUUAUGAAUCUGAUGGGGGUUUUACUUCUCAGUCUGGCAAUUAAUACUUGGGCCAAGAGCAUCUUCCAGCUAGGCACAUUCCCUGCUUGGGCCAACGUACAUUUGGAAAACACCACCACCCUACUGGAAGGUGUUCAAAAUGUCACUUUGAACUCACUGAGUAAAUUAUGAACAAAGCAACCUUGAGAGGGAGCUGCUGCCUUCAAAUUUGGGCACUGAAAUCAAUCAACGUCAAGUACAUGAUCUCAUUCGUCCGUGGUGAUAGCUACCUAGCUGCAUCUGCCGAUGUUUAGAAUAAAGAAGUCUGGAGGACAGACUUUGUUAAUCAGAUGAUGAACAAGUCUUGCCCAAGGAGAUGGCUGAGAGCUCAGGGUUUUAAAGAUCCUUCCGAGAUAAGGCAGUAAAUUGAGGGAAAAAAUUACACGCAGCAAAUGGAAAUAUAAUAAUUAGAAAAGUAAGGCAUAUUUUCCCUCCCUUGUUCCUUUUGGGGUCUCACAGGCCCCUUGCAAAUGACAGAACAGCCUCAUGAGGCAUAACAAAAUAGUCAUUAUAUUUAAAAGAUGGGGAACAACUUGGAGAGUGCUCCUGUCAAACAGCUCAUUUGGCUGAAAAAUUAUAGGAGUACCUAAACUGUAUUUUGAUGCUGGGAACACAAUGAGUUUCAAUGAACAAGACUGGUGGCACCUUAGAAACCAGGAUGAUUUUAUUCUGGAAUAAGCCUUCAUGAAACGGAACCCUCUUGAAUUGUAAGCCAGAGUUUGUUUACAAUAAGAAUGAGCUUGGUUUGGUUUUGUGAGCAUGCAUUUCUCCCCACCCUUGCAACAAAAACAACAAAGAUUGAAAACUUCCUGGAUUAAGAAAUCCGUAAUCUAGCCACUUUUUGGGGGGGGGUGACACUUGAAUGUGGACAUUUUGAUACAUUGGAGUGUUUCUUGUCAACAAGCUGGAAUUGUAUGCCAUGAUUAAACUAUAGUUUAGAAGUCUUCAAUCUGGAAUCUGAAUGAGGGGAAAGGAGAAGGGAAUGUGUGAACUACAGAAUAAAGCUUGUUCGAGCACCCCUAGUGAAUAAAAGGUUUGGUGCUGUGUCCUCUCAGACAAUUGCUCAAAAUUAUUGAAGCUUUCAAGACAAACAUCAUCUGGCCAUUCUUCUCUUAUAGAAUCUAGUAGAUCUGAGUCUUAAAUGUGGGCAGUAGAUCUGAGUCUUAAAUGUGUGACUGCACAAGUGCUCUUGCCUCAUUUCUCACCAUAUUUUGUGCCUUCCAUCACAGAACUAAUUUUGUGUCUUUGCUCUGUACGCACACAUUCUCCCCUUCCGGAAUUUUGUGCCUGUUUUUUAAAUGUUUUUUUCUUUUAAUAAGCACUAAAUGUUUGAAAUUGCACCUGAAUACCUAUGCACUAAUUUACUCCAGUAAUGAAGUUUUGCAGGUAUGUCAAGGAAAGGGCUAGUGGUGAGAAAGAAAACCUUGAGGCAAAAUUGUGUAGCAGCCAUACCUGCCAGGAGACAAAAUUAGCCAACUGUCUAGGUGUAGGAACAGAAAAGAGCAAGAGUCCUAUAGCACCUAUAAGACUAACAAAAUUUGUGGUAGGGUGUGAGCUUCCGUGAGCCACAGAAGAAGAGGUGAGCUGUGGCUCAUGAAAGCUCAUACCCUACCACAAAUUUUGUUAGCCUUAUAGGUGCUACUGGACUCUUGCUCUUUUCUACUGCUACAGACAGACUAACACAGCUACCUGUCUUACUCUAUCUCUAUAGAUGAAGGAAUACAUAGGUAUAAUGAUACAACUUCAUUUUAAAAAAAAGUAAAGAAAAAUCUUGAGUAGAAAAGGAGGAGGUGCCUUGGAAAAGGAACAACACAAAACUUCAGUCUAGAAGAAAAUGCUUGCCUCUGGGGGGAGAAAUCUAGGAAACAGAGUAUAAACAGUGACCUAUCAAGGGAGACAAAGUGGAGUUUCCUCUUGUGAAUAUCAGUAGUGGUAGUGGAGUAAAAAAAUUGUUAGUCCAGAUGCACUCUUGUUAUGUAUAUUAUUGACAGUUAUAAUUUGAGAAAGUGCCAGUUAACAUCAUACCCAGUAGCUAAUGUCAUUCUUGUUAUUGCCAUGUUGAUCUCCACAAUAGUACUUUGCAGACCGACUAACUAUCCCCUAUCCUCCUCUGUUCUACCAGAAGGAUAUACUGGCAUACAGGGCUUUUUUUCAGGGGGAACACGGGGGAACGGAGUUCCGGAACCUCUUGAAAAUGGUCACAUGGCUGGUGGCGCGGAGGCGGCGCGGAGGGCAAUCUAAACUCCCCUCUGUCUGGAGAUCAGGGGGUGGGGCCACCAGGCAUGUGACCAUUUUUGCCGAGGGCAACCCACUGAGUUCCACCACCUCUUUUCCCAGAAAAAAAGCCCUGCUGGCAUAUAAUGUUUGAUGUUCAGUGAUGGCUAGGUUAUGAGGAUCAGGCUUAGGAAGAGGAUUUCUGAUGCUAGGAUGUGGGAAAAAAGCAUGCCAAGACACAAUGUUCUUAAUGUUUUGCAAGUGAUUAUUUCUUGUAGCAUGGAGCGUAUUGCUUCAGGAGUUUUACUGGGAGUGGCAUUUGGGCUAUUCCUCUAUUGGUAGACAAUUAUGAAAUACAGAAAGAAACCUGAGGGUUUCCAGUCAUUUGCUUUGCCCUUCUCAACUCUGAUGUUGACGUGUGAGCCAAUAGACGUGGAAGGCUGGUUUAAAUUCAACGUGGCAAAUAAGUCAUUUGGGAAGAAGACAGCUGUAGCAUUUUAACAGAGGUCAGUGCAGGUUUUUCACUAACAGUGUUAUUCCAGCUUCACAACUUGCCUUAUUUGAAAGUGGUGCCUGCAUGUUUUGUGGUAUAUACAUUCAUCCUUUAUCUUACACAUUUUUUGCAAAGGCUGUGCAGACUGCGGGUGCUAGCCUGCAAGGGGACCUCCAUACCCAGUGUUUUCAGUGUUCAAACUGAACAAUGCUGAAAACACAAAAACAGGUUUUUGAAGACCAUCCCAGGACAGAAAAAGGAUAUUCAUAUUGAACAUAGUGAGGGCACUUUCAAACUGUACCCACUGCUCUUAAAACAUUGCACUUGGGUCUUCAUCCUCAUAGCGUUAGGCCAGUCAUUCACAGUUAACAUGGGGAUAAUGACAAAUUGCUUCAGACUUCUGUUGUAAGGGUAAGUGAGAGAAGGACUAUAAAAUUUAUAAGUGCUAUAGAAGCGAUAAAUAACUUUAUUCAGUUCCCGGUGCUGGCUGGAGAAUUGUAGGUAGGCAGUGCCAAAUGACAUCCUCAUAUAACGUGCCACAGAGGGUCUCUCUCUACUUGUUGCAACUAUGCAAACUUAAUGCAUGCAAUAUUUUAAGACUGAUUUGCACAGUUGAGAGCUUCUGACUGAGAGAACACUGCAAAGGAUUAUUUUUGUUGGAUUUUAAAGGGGGGGAUUAACACUUUGAUCACUUUUUUAUAUGAAAUUGAUUAUUUAGAUACUUUCAAUGAAAGUGUUUGUAAAUGGACAGUGAUUCUAAUCACCACUGUAAUCAAGAUCCUACGUUACGUAUGUGCAAUGUUAAGGAAUGGAUUUAUUUAAAUGAAAUCUUUGGGAAGAUGUCGCACCAGGAGUUGUGCUGUUGUAGGGGUAGGGGUAGGGGUGGGGGAGGCCUUGGAGUAAAUUCUUGAUGUGGUGAAAAUGAAUGUGAUGGCGUUGCAAUUCAUUUUACCUGUUACAAAAUGUUUGGAACAAUACUGACUUUGGCCUGUUGAAGAAAUUACUUAACGUUAACUUGCCUUAUUUGAAUCAUUUGGGACCUGUUCCCAGGGCAAACACACACACAUACGCACACACACUCUGUCAUCUUUGCUAUUGCUAUGAAAAUUAGGAAGUCAAGCUGAAACCAAAGCGUCAUCAGGUCGACCAAACCACUGUUGAGGCCCAUGAUUCUGAAAAUAAAAAUGCAUUCAUUGG